AUGAUUGGGUCAGGAAAUAACUGAGCAAUUAAACUGGGUUUAAUCUUAUAACCAUCAGAUCAUCAGACCAGUGCUUUAACCACUGAGCCAUAUUUCCAAAUGCAGGUUCCAAAUGCAGUUAUUUCAUGGCCUUGGCAGCUCAUCCAUUAUCAGUUUAUUUAUUUCUUUUUAAAUCUGGUAAAAAUCUAAGGAUACAAAAGUUGCUUGGUUGCGAGAUGUUUUAUUAGGGGGUUUAAUCCUUAAAGACCCGUGCAGGCAAAGGAGACCUAAGACAUAACCUUUGUACAAGGGAACAGAGUACAUUAACCUCUCAGCAGGCUCAAGGUUCCUUCUGGUUUUAUAAACCAUAAUCAGAUCUGUCACCACCAUUAUACUGUAUAUCAUUUCAGUGGAUGUUUUCCUACUUUGAAUAAAUUUCCAUUAUGUAUCAAGGUUUGAUAAGGUCAUUAUUUUCUUUUCAAACAAGCUACUUGCUGUACUGUACCUUCACAAGGAGUACAGCUUGCUAUUUUUACCCCACCGCAUCUCUAGGGUCCCAGGUUUAGUCAUCCUAUGAAUGGGGCUGUGCUGUGCCCAGCUCAGCUCCUCGUGCCCUGGUCAGGACUAUGCAGGGCCCUGGUACCCUCCUGAAUGCAUUGGCCAGCGGUUUGCGAGAGCAGGGAGGGCGGUGGGGCCCACCGAGGCCGAGGUGGACGUGGUGCUAUGCCCCCUCCAUUCCGGAUAGCAGUGCUGGGUGCGCAGGGGGUGGGCAAGACAGCCAUUGUGCAGCGCUUCCUCCACGAUGACUACAGUGACGUGGCCUCAUCAAGCCGCACACGCCGGGUGUAUCUGUCCGCCGCUGUGCUCAACGGCCAUGUGCACGACCUGCAGAUCACAGACUACCCGGCCAUCAGCAGCUUCCCCGGCAGCUCCCUCCAGGAGUGGUCGGACGUUUGCUGUCGAGGUAUCCGCAGUGCCCAUGUCUACAUUCUGGUUUACGACAUAUGCUGCUUCGACAGCUUCGAGUAUGUCAAGACUAUGCGCCAGCAGAUCCUGGACACCCGGGUCAUGGGUGCAACAGAGACACCGAUCUUGAUAGUAGGCAACAAGCGUGACCUUCAGCGAGGCCGGGUCAUCCCACGCCACAAUGUCUCAGACUUGGUGCGCAAGAGCUGGAAGUGCGGCUACGUGGAGUGCUCGGCCAAGUUCAACUGGCACAUUUUGCUGCUGUUCGGCGAGGCUCUGCGGAGCGUGGGCUGUGCCAGGUGCAAACACGUGCACACCACGGUACGCUUUCAGAGAGCACUAAGGAGAGAGCGUUGCGCCCUCAUGUGAGGUGCGAGCUUGUCACGAUGUCUCACUUGGUUUGAGACAAAAUCCAGUAAUAGCUGUGAUAAUGAGUUCGGGUUGCCUUCUAGCCAAGGAAUCCUGUCAUGGACGUUUCACUAAGGAAAAAUGUGUCCUCUGUUCACACAAACUGCUUACUGAUGCCAAGAGGAAUCCUCAGAUGCUGCUCGUCCUGGAAAAAGGGGCCGAACGAAAUGUAUCAACGUUGACUGAAGCCUCAAAAAUCAGCUUUAAUAUUCAUGUUGCUGAAAUGCAAAUAAUGUGUUCAUGCUGGGACUGCUUUAAGAAGCCCAUUAAAGCUUUUUAUCUCGGGCAUACACCGCUAAAUCUUCCAGUUUAUUUGAGCGCAAAAUGGCAUCUCACACAUCAUGGCUCACUGUGUGGCUGUACAACACACAUGUGAUAAUACAAGAGCACAAAUAAACGUACAUGUACGCCCAGUGGAUAACUUCCAUGUUAAGACUUACCUGUUUAGGUGCAAUUCAGAAGUAUUGUGUUGUACGAUCACGUAUGAAACGUCCUAAUUUCACUUUUGAACGAAAACAUAAGAGCAAGAAAUAAGUCAGUGAAUUGUAUCAGAUAGUUCACCAGGACCUAAUCAAACAAGGCUUUUUUAUUUAUUUAAUUAUUUAAUUAAUUCAUUUAUUUAUUUUUUUGAAUUUUUAUUCUUCUAUAAUAUGAAGCUCAAAUUUAUCUUGACCUCAUUUUUCAUCCUGAAGGACAGCACAAUAUUGCCAAGAAACAUGUUCUACCACGAAAUUUGCUUUUGUGCCUCGCUGACACCUUUGUUAGUGCACAUGACCCAAAAAAAAUGCUUUUAUAAAACAUUCUGUAUUUUAAUUCUUUAUCUAGAUUAAACAGUGCCCCAAAACCUGAGACUUGAAUAAAAAAUGGAUUUUAUUUUACAAAAAUAUGUUUAAUAAAGAAUCCCUAUUGAGAAAAGAAUUUUUCAUGCAUUAUGCUUAAUGUCUGUAGAAAAGCACCCCAUAUA